AUGGCCGCAUACUCACAGUACAUUCCCGAUGCUCGACGCUUAAGGUCCUUCUUCUUGCGCCUGCCGCUGGCCACGCGCGGCUUCCUACUCGUCAUCAUCGUGCUCUAUUUCGUGCACUUCUUCUAUCCGCUGUUGACCAUAUGGGGCGCCCUGAUCCCAGACUUGAUUAAUUUGGGCACAUUAUACAGACUAAACACCUUUCCACUCAUACACAAAUCCGUCUUCCAUCUCCUCCUCAACCUCUUCACGCUGAUACCACUGCUCGAGCGCUUCGAAUCCGAGCACGGCACCAUCACCACAUUCAUCCUCUUCACAGGACCCUUUGGCCUCAUUCCAGGUCUGGCGUACACGUUCCUCGAGCGAUAUGUGUUUCACUUGAACACAGGAGUGGUUGGGAGUUCGAUAUGGGUCUUUCUCCUCCUCGCGAAUGAGUCGAUCAAGCUAUACAAGACGAAUCCCGAAUUCGUCCUUGGAGGCUUCGGAAUACCGACAUGGCUGACGCCCAUUUUUGGAAUCCUAAUCGUGUGGUUCCUGGUGCCAGGGACAAGUCUACUAGGACACCUGUGUGGUGCGGCUGUAGGCUACCUGUGGGGCAUUGGCUGGAUUCGCUUCCUCGCGCCACAUGACAAGAUUCUGAGAUGGGUCGAGGGAAAGCUCAAUCUGCUGGGGAGACUACCGCACUACGUGAGUGUGGAUCAGAAAACCUAUGGGCGAUAUGGUGUGCUCCCGAGUACAAGAAGCUCUGGGCCAAGCCCCUUGGCGGCCAUGGAGGACGGACCUAUUGGAAGCACGCAAAGACUAGGACCUUAG